UCUCUCUCUCUCUCUCUCUCUCUCACACCAACCUAGAAAGAAAGAAAGAAAAAUCAAAAAAUGGUGCAGCAUCAUCCAAUUGGAGAAGCAAAUGAGCAAAGUCCAUUCGGAUCUCUAUCUCCCACAGAAUUUUAUGCAAAACAUUCAGUAGCUCAUUCAUCAUCCUUCAUCACAAACUCGAGAGGCUUAAAACUCUUCACUCAAUCAUGGACACCACUUCCACCAACCAAGAUCAUCGGAAUUGUUGCCAUGGUUCAUGGAUUUACAGGUGAAUCCAGUUGGUUUGUCCAGCUCACAGCUAUUCACUUUGCAAAAUCUGGGUUUAUCACUUGUGCUAUUGAUCACCAAGGUCAUGGAUUCUCUGAUGGUCUUCAAUGCCACAUACCUGAUAUUAACCCAGUUGUUGAUGAUUGUAUCAAUUACUUUGAUUCCUUUAGGGCACAACAUUCUCCGUCACUUCCUUCGUUUAUUUUCGCUGAAUCGCUCGGCGGAGCCAUCGCGCUGUUGAUUCAUCUUCGCCGUGGUAAACCAUGGGAUGGGAUUGUUCUCAAUGGUGCCAUGUGUGGAAUUAGCCCCAAAUUUAAACCACCAUGGCCGUUGGAGCAUUUCUUGUCUGUUGUAGCUUGGGCUGUUCCUACUUGGCAGGUAGUUCCGACUCGUGGAUCGAUACCGCAAGUCUCGUUCAAGGAGGAGUGGAAGAGGAAACUGGCGGUUGCGAGUCCUCGGCGUAGUCAGGCGAGGCCAAGAGCAGCCACAGCACUGGAGUUGCUAAGGGUUUGUAGAGAGGUGCAGCAAAGGUUUGGUGAAAUUGAAGUACCACUGCUGAUUAUUCAUGGUGGGGAUGAUGUUGUGUGUGAUCCUGCUUGUGCAGAGGAAUUGUAUAAAAAAGCUGCUAGUAAGGAUAAGACUAUUAGGAUUUUUCCUGAUUUGUGGCACCAGUUAGUAGGGGAAUCACAGGAGGAUGUGGAUUUGGUUUUCAACGGUGUUAUCGAGUGGCUCCGUGAACGAGCUGAGCGAGUUGCUGCCGCUGGUGGUGAUUAGAGACUAUCUUCCGAAUAAUUGCACUGUAAGAUGAACCUUUGGUAUAAUGGUAGUGAAGAUAAAAUGUGUAACAGUUUUAGUGUUUAGGAAGAAGAAAUAUAGAUGCUUAAUGCCUAUUAUCUCUUUUUCUCUGACUAUGAUCUGAUUCCUUAUAUUUGAAUCUAGUUAGAAUGUUAUAAUGAUCCCUUUGGAUAUAAUAGUCAUAGCAUUCUGUUAAGAAUCCCAUUGACACUGCAAAUGGAAGCUGUUUACAUUUGUUUUUUUGAGA